AUGAGCGUCGUUGGUGUUGAUUUCGGAUCCCUCUCAACGGUGGUCGCUGUCGCCCGAAACCGUGGUGUUGAUGUGAUCACCAAUGAGGUUUCCAACAGAUCCACCCCUUCCAUGGUUGCAUUCGGCUCCAAAACUCGCUUCAUCGGUGAGGGUGCCAAAACGCAGGAGAUCACCAAUCUUAAGAACACAGUGAGCUGCUUGAAACGCCUGGCCGGCCGAUCGUUCAACGACCCCGAUGUCAAAAUUGAGCAGCAGUUCAUUACCGCCCCUCUUGUUGAUAUCAAUGGGCAGGUUGGUGUCGAGGUGUCUUACCUCGGCAAGACUGAGAGGUUCACUUCAACUCAACUCGUUGCUAGUUACUUGAGCAAAAUCAAGCAAAUUGCCACUGCAGAGCUCAAGAUCCCGGUUUCGGAUCUCUGCAUGAGCGUUCCUCCAUGGUUCUCCGAUGUUCAGCGUCGAGCGCUGCUUGAUGCUGCUGAAAUUGCCGGCUUGAAGGUCCUUCGCCUCAUCAACGACACUACCGCCGCUGCUCUUGGUUGGGGUAUUACGAAACUCGACCUCCCCACCCCGGAGGAAAAGCCUCGCCGUGUGUGCUUUGUCGACAUUGGAUAUUCCAACUAUACUUGCUCUGUCGUCGAAUUUAAGAAAGGAGAGCUCGCCGUCAAGGGUACUGCCUGGGACCGCAGCUUUGGAGGUCGCGACUUUGACAAAGCCCUUGUUGAUCACCUUGCCAAGGAGUUCAAGGGCAAGUACAAGCUCGACAUCUACUCUCACCCCCGAGCCUUGGCCCGCACUGUCGCCGCCGCUGAGAAGAACAAAAAGAUUCUGUCUUCUAACCAGCAGGCUUCUGUCAACAUUGAAUCGCUCAUGAACGAUGUCGACGUUGCUGCCACGAUUUCCCGUGCAGAGUUUGAGGCUAUGGCUGAACCUCUCCUUAGCCGUGUCCACGAGCCACUGGAGCAGGCUCUUGCGCAGGCGAAGCUCACCAAGGAGGAUAUCGAUUUCAUCGAGAUUAUCGGUGGUGGCUCUCGUAUUCCCGCCGUCAAAGAGCGAAUCCAGGCCUUUUUCGGGAAGCCUCUGUCAUAUACAAUGAAUGCAGACGAGGCCAUUGCCCGUGGUUGUGCUUUCAGCUGUGCUAUUCUGUCACCAGUGUUCCGUGUUCGCGACUUCUCCGUCCAGGAUAUCAUCAGCUAUCCCAUAGAGUUCGCCUGGGAGAAAGCCGCCGACAUUCCCGACGAAGAUACCAGCUUGACCGUCUUCAACAAGGGCAAUGUCCUUCCAUCCACUAAGAUCUUAACCUUUUACCGCAAACAGCCCUUCGAUCUCGAGGCUCGCUACGCCAAGCCCGAAGACCUGCCUGGCAAGCAGAACCCCUGGAUUGGUCGGUUCUCUGUCAAGGGUGUAAAAGCCGAGGGCGAGGACGAGUUCAUGAUUUGCAAACUCAAGGCUCGCGUCAAUAUCCACGGUAUCCUCAAUGUUGAGAACGGCUAUUAUGUUGAGGAUCAAGAAGUCGAGGAAGAGAUCAAGGACGACGAAAAGGAGGAUGGCGAGAAGAAAGACCCCGACGCCAUGGAUACCGAUAAGAAAGAGGACGCGCCUAAAAGGACCAGGAAAGUGAAGAAACAGGUCCGAAAGGGAGAUUUGCCCAUCUCCAGUGGCACUUCCUCUUUGGAUGCCGCACAAAAGCUUUCGUUUGGCGAGAAGGAAACUGAAAUGGUCAUGGCAGACAAGCUUGUCGCUGACACAGAGGAAAAGAAGAAUGAGUUGGAAACGUUCAUCUACGACCUUCGUGCCAAGCUUGACGAACAGUACGCCGACUUGGCCAGCGACGAGGAGAAGUCAAAUAUCAAGGCCAAGUUGGAAGUCGCCGAGGAAUGGCUGUAUGACGAGGGGGACGAUACCACCAAGGCCGUCUAUAUUGCAAAGCUUGAUGAGCUGAGAGCCUUGGCUGGGCCCGUUAUUCAGCGUCACUUCGAAAAGGUCGAGGCCGAAAGACGUGCCGUCCAGGAACGUGCCGAAGCCGAGCAGGCUGCCAAAAGAGCCGCUGAGGAUGAAGCUCGCAAGGCUGCUGAGGCUGAGAAGGCUGCGCAGCAAGCGUCCAACGACGAAGAGAUGAAGGAUGCUGAUGGCGCCCAGCCUGAGUCCGAGCAGUCUGCGGACCCUAAAUAA